AUGACAACAGAAUAAAGCUUCGAAUAUUUUACAACCGAUUUAUAUGUUAUGGGCGAUAACAAAGAGUCUUAAUGUGGUAUAGAUAACUAGGAUUAUAUUUCUAAAUUAACCAAAAUUAAUUUGCCAAUAGUAAUAAGAGAAAUUGCAUGUGGUUUAGAACACACUUUAAUAGUGACAAGUUUUUUUCAUAUCAAUCAUAUUUAGAUGAAGGAUCGAUUUAUGCUUUUGGUUCAAAUUUGAAAGGAUAACUAGGUGUAGAAAAUAUAUCUGUCGCAUGUUCUCCAAUUCAAGUUUAGGGAAUUAAAAAUUUGAACUGCAUUAAAAUAGCAGCAGGAGAAUAUCAUUCUUGCUUAGUGACUGGUAUAAAUCAUUGUUAAUAUAGAGAUGAACAUUAGGCAUAUUAAUGGGGAGAUAACAUUGUGAAACCUUAAUUUAUAAAGUAAGCACAUAAUAUUAAAUGCGGUUUGAAUUUUACAAUCUUCUAAGACGACUCCCUUUAUUUGUAUUAAAAUAAAGUCUUAUAAAUGUUGUAAAUUCAUUCAUAAAUAUCGGAUUUUGCUUGUUCUGCAUACAACUUGUUCUAUAUAGACACUAAUAAUAAUUUAUACAUGCAUCCAGAAAUUAAACUAAUUGAAAAUGUAUCAAAUAUAUUUAGUGGUUACUAUCUAUCAUUGUUGACUGAAGAUAAUAAAUUGUAUUACUAUUAGGAUAAAAAAUUGAUUCAAAUUAAUGUAGAAAAAAAUAAGAUAGAUAGUUCAUUUAGCAAAGAGUUCGCUAUUAUUUUAGAUGAAGAUAAUAAAGCUAUAAUAAUAAACUUGAAAACCUUAUAAUAAAAAGAAUAAGAAAUUGAAUUUAAUUCUAUAAGUUCUGGUGUCAAUCAUAUUAUUAUGAUUGGAAAUAUUACAAGGGGAUAUAAAAAUGAUGAAGAACAAGAAGGGCAAGCUGAACAUGGCUAUAUUUCCGAAAACGGAAUGAGUCCAAUUGUUACCCAAUAAACUUAAUAAGAUGUAAAUUAUCCAAAUAACCCUUAGUAGUUACAUAAUAAUGCAUAAAAUAAUACUUUCUCUUUUUCUAUUAAAAAAGAUAUAUAAUUGCUACAUAGUAUAAAAACAAAUCAUAAAGAAACCCAAACUGAUGAUGAUUUAUACUAUUAAUUAAAAUAUGAAAACGAAGAGUUAAAAAAAUUAUAGCAAUAUUAAAAGAAGAAUUUAGAAAUAUAAAUCUAAUUUCAAAAGACGCUAUAAGAAUAAAUUAAUAGAUUAAAUUAAGAAAAUAAAAUGUUGAAAUAGGGAUAGGAUAAAAAUCAGUUAUUAAAUUUGAUCAAAUAAAAAUAGCAAAAUCUUAGAAGUUUAAUUAAUGAAUUUUAUUAAAAUUAAAAAAAUUUUCUAGAUUUAAAAAAAUGA